AUGGCGGACUUUGAAAAAGUUAUUGUCAAAGAAGCAAGAAGUGAGGUACAGGGAGACCAUUACUUCUGGGUGAGCACGGACAAUUCAAGACUGUCCCCAGUCUUAAAGCGCAAUGGGAAAUCAACAGUAGUUAUUCUGCCGCAAUAUGAGCUCCCUUUCAAUGGCGGUCAGAUGUCGAUAACUGAAUUGGCAGGCGGUGUACAGCCCACAUAUGCACGUGUCAAGCCAAGCAAGCCAAACGUUGACAAAUAG